UCAAGUAACUCAAUCAGCGAUACAAAACUUCAAUAAUACUAUUAGAAAACUAACACAGAAUGAAAAAGAUUUAGAUAAAAACUUCCUAGCACUCAAAGAUUUUAUGGACAAUUUAGCUUCAAACGUCUCUAUUACAGAUGUUCGAUCAACAUUAAAUACACACUUUAGCAUUCUAAAUUCCUUGUCAGCUAUGAUAAUUGAAGAAAUUGAUCUCAUAGUAAAUUCUAUAUUAUUCGCUAAGCAGAAUGUACUGCACCCUCAUAUAAUAUCCCCAAAAGAAAUUUAUCACGAAUUAACCAGCAACAUUAAAAUUCUAAAACACAAAGAAUUCCCAGUUAGACUCACUUUAGAAGAUAUUCAUAUACUCAUAGAUAUUUCAACACUUAAUAUAUUCUAUAUGAAUUUUAAAUUAGUUUUUGUUUUGAACAUCCCAUUAGUAACUUCUCAAGAGUACGAACUAUAUCACGUACUUCCACUUCCAAUACCUCAUACUUUUCAAGAUUUAACUUAUGCUCUUGUCCAACCAACUAAAAGAUACCUCGGUAUAACUACUAACCGUCAUUCAUAUGUACAAUUUAAUAACCUUGAUCAAUGUAAGAAACUCUCAAGAGAACAUUUUAUAUGUCAAGAUUUAAAUGAAUAUUCUGCAAUGUCUAACCCCUCAUGUGAAUCGUUAUUAAUUACUAGUUUUAAAAGAGUUACCUAAAGAAUGUAUUACAUUCUUUAGGUCAUUCUUUAGGUAACUAAACAUUUAUUUAUUUACUACAUGAACUUUCAUGUAUGGUAAUGUCGAGAUAUGGCAAAAAUUAACCAAUAACAGAUGGAUAUUUAUUUAUUAAAAACCAACUAAAAUUACUAUUGAUUGCUCGGGCAAAGAACUAAAAGAUUAUGAGUUAUCUUCAACAGGUAUAAUAAAGUUAGAUAGAGAUUGUAAAGGAUACGCAAAUUUAAUUCAAAUCACUGCAACUAGUGAUAUCAUAACCAAUUAUACUUCCCCAAGUAUUGAUAUUGAUUUAACUAAAGAUGACUGUUGCAACGAUGCAGUUCUGAAUAAAACUAAACAUUUAUUUACUCCAUUUCAUAUCAACAACAUACA